UUUUCAGGUGUGCUUGACGCUCCAGUUCGCUUCGUGAAAGCGCAGCGCUAGCAAUGGCAGACACCAUAGCUGAUACAAGAAGGCUCUUUACCAAGCCCCAGAACCUAAAUGACGCGUAUGGACCGCCGAGUAACUUUCUGGAGAUCGACGUGAGUAACCCCGAGACCAUCGGAGUGGGAAGAGGUAGACACACGACGUACGAAGUCAGACUGAAGACUAACCUUCCCAUCUUUAAGCUGAAGGAGUCGAGUGUACGGCGGCGCUACAGUGACUUUGAGUGGCUCAGGGCAGAACUGGAGAGGGAGAGCAAGGUUGUUGUGCCACCCCUCCCGGGGAAAGCUCUGAUCCGCCAGCUGCCCUUCCGAGGGGACGAUGGGAUAUUUGAUGACUCUUUCAUCGAGGAGAGGAGACAAGGUCUGGAGCAGUUUCUAAACAAAGUGGCCGGUCACCCUCUGGCCCAGAACGAAAAAUGCCUGCACAUGUUUCUACAGGACGAGUCUGUGGACAAGCACUACACCCCAUCCAAAGUCAGACAAGCUUAAAAAAAAAAAAAAGAGAGAGAAAAAAGAUAAGAGAAGAUGGCGCAACCAACUCGCCGGCCAACCCUCAUCGGACUUGGCCCACCCCGCCCUGUCAGCCGUGUUCGGACCACCCUAUCCCACUUCACUGCUUCUGAUUCUUCUCAGACCAAAAAACACAGAUAAACCUACCACCCUCCACCCCCAUAUGAUACGCCGCUCACGGUCCCUUUCAGUUACCUCCUCCCCAUCUUAUUUCCCCCUUUUAAAAGCGGAGAAUGUUGGCAGCAUCACGUGGUCUCUCGAUGUCUGGAAAUGCCACUAACAUGAGUGUCGAAUUUGUAUUUAUCACUAGCUACGUCUUGAAUAUAUUCAAUUUGUCGUAAGAGGAGACCCAUAGCCGAUUCCAUUGUUGUAAGUUGCUAUUGGCAUGUCGCACAUGAGUGGGCCUUGAAAUUUAAAGAACGUCUUUGACCUACC